CUCGGGAGUUUCGCCGUCCUUAACUCUUGAGGCUUUUCCCUGAGGGCCAACAGCUCUGAUUGGCCACUGUCGCUAUUGUCGACUCUUCUCUCUAGCCAGCCACUGAACAAGGCGAACCCUCUUCCCUUCUGUUCGGCUACCUUCGGCAUUCCUCGUUCCGGGGCGUGGUCUCCCAGCGGCGUCUCCUCAUUGGUUAUCCAGGCCGCUCGGCUUUUUCCGGCAGGAGCUGCAAGCAAGCGACGUCUCUGAUUGGUUCCGGCUUGGGUUUCGGCUCCACAGCCGAAGCUGGCGGGCGCGGGCUCGGCGAGCGAUUCCCAGACGCCUGUAACGCGGGCGGCGGGGCGCUGGGCGGUGUAAGGGCUGGGUGGGGGAGGAAGGAGGCGGAGGAAGAGUAGGAAGGGGGAGGGGGAGUGGGGAAGGGCUAGGCGGCUGCGCAGACGGCGCGCCUCGCACAGAGCAGCCCCCGACCCGGCCGAAUGCGGGCUUGUGUCGCCGCCGUCGCCGCCGCCUGGGCCGAGUGACAAAGGAAGGAAGGCAGCAAGGAGGAGCCGGCCUUGCAGCCGCUGACAGGGCUUCGGGCUCCGGGCACAGCGCGGACACUUCCCGAGCAGCCGCUGAGCAAAGGCGAGGGGCGGAGGCCGGCCGUGCCGGGGCCACGGACGGGGGAGGGGACCCCGAGGGACGGAAGCGGUUGCCUGGUUCCCAUGUCCCCGGCGUAUGGGGAGCAGUCAGGGAGCCGCUGCCUGGGGUCUGAAGGGAGCUGCCUCCGCCGCCGCUGCCGCCAUGGCCGCUGGAUCCAGCCACCGCCUGCAGCUGCUCCUGGCGCAAUGAGGAGAGGAGCCGCCGCCACCGCCCGCCGCUGACUCGCGACUGCGCUGCCCUCCGGUUCACCCGGCCGCCGCCGCCGUCAGACCGCCGGAUCCCGCUGCUGCCGGAGCCGCAGCGUUUGCCGUCGCAUCUCCGAGCCAUCUCCUCCCUCCUUCCCAUCCCCCUUCUCUUCAAGCGUGAGGCUCGUGAUCCUUCCGCCGCUUCCCUUCUUCAUUGACUCGGAAAAAAAUCCCCGAGGAAAAUAUAAUACUCAGAGUACUUAUUUUCAAUCAAGUAUUUGCCCUCGUUCACGUGAUAUAUAUAUAUUUUUAAGGAUUCCACUCCACCCUUUUUCUCCUCUUCCAGGAAAGGGAGGUGAAAGAAUUGUAUUUUUUCUCCCAGCUCUAAAUCAUCUAUGUGUUAAAUAUCCGUACCGAUCUGUCUUGAAGAAAUACAUAGCUCCUUUUUUUUUUUUUCUUCUUAAAUAGCUAUACAAAAGGAGUGAAAAGCCAAGAGAACGAAGUCUUUCUUUCUCUUUCUUGCGGGAGAACUUAAUGCUGCAUUUAUCAUUAACCUAGCACCCUAACAUAAAACAAAAGGAAGAAAAGGAUUAAGGAAGGAAAAGGUGAUUCAAGAAGAGCCAUCAUGUCGGGGCGACCGAGAACCACCUCCUUUGCGGAGAGCUGCAAGCCAGUGCAGCAGCCUUCAGCUUUUGGGAGCAUGAAAGUUAGCAGAGAUAAAGAUGGCAGCAAGGUAACCACAGUGGUGGCAACUCCUGGGCAGGGGCCUGACAGGCCACAGGAAGUCAGUUAUACAGACACGAAAGUGAUUGGAAAUGGAUCAUUUGGUGUGGUAUAUCAAGCCAAACUUUGUGAUUCUGGAGAACUGGUUGCCAUCAAGAAAGUUCUACAGGACAAGCGAUUUAAGAACCGAGAGCUCCAGAUCAUGAGAAAGCUAGACCACUGUAACAUAGUGCGACUGCGGUAUUUCUUCUACUCGAGUGGCGAGAAGAAAGAUGAGGUCUACCUUAACCUGGUGCUGGACUAUGUUCCGGAGACAGUGUACAGAGUCGCCAGACACUAUAGUCGAGCCAAGCAGACACUCCCUGUGAUCUAUGUCAAGUUGUAUAUGUACCAGCUGUUCAGAAGUCUAGCCUAUAUCCAUUCCUUUGGAAUCUGCCAUCGAGACAUUAAACCACAGAACCUCUUGUUGGAUCCUGAUACAGCUGUAUUAAAACUCUGUGACUUUGGAAGUGCAAAGCAGCUGGUCCGAGGAGAGCCCAACGUUUCCUAUAUUUGUUCUCGGUACUACAGGGCGCCAGAGUUGAUCUUUGGAGCCACUGACUACACGUCCAGUAUAGAUGUGUGGUCUGCAGGCUGUGUGUUGGCUGAAUUAUUGCUAGGACAACCAAUAUUUCCUGGGGACAGUGGUGUGGAUCAGUUGGUGGAAAUAAUAAAGGUCCUAGGAACACCAACAAGGGAGCAAAUUAGAGAAAUGAACCCAAAUUAUACAGAAUUCAAAUUCCCCCAAAUCAAGGCACAUCCUUGGACAAAGGUCUUCCGACCCCGAACUCCACCAGAGGCAAUUGCACUGUGCAGCCGUCUGCUGGAGUACACACCAACCGCCCGGCUAACACCACUGGAAGCUUGUGCACAUUCAUUUUUCGAUGAAUUGCGGGACCCAAAUGUCAAACUACCAAAUGGGCGAGACACACCUGCACUCUUCAACUUUACCACUCAAGAACUGUCAAGUAACCCCCCUCUGGCCACCAUCCUUAUCCCUCCUCAUGCUCGGAUUCAAGCAGCUGCUUCACCGCCUGCCAACGCCACAGCAGCCUCAGAUACUAAUGCUGGAGACCGUGGACAGACCAAUAACGCCGCUUCUGCAUCAGCUUCCAACUCCACCUGAACAGCCCCCAGUAGCCAGCUGCGCGGGAAAGACCAGCACUUACUUGAGUGCCACUCAGCAACACUGGUCACGUUUGGAAAGAAAAUUAAAAAGAGGAAAACAAAAACAAAAACAAAAAAACCCUGUUCAUUUUAGUGUUCAAUUUUUUUUAUUGUUGUUCUUAUUUAACCUUGUAAAAUAUCUAUAUAAAUACAAACCAGUUUCAUUGUAUUCUCACUUUUCAGGAGAUCCAAGAGGUGGGGAGGGUUGGGCGGGAGGAGCAGAGCACUAAACACAAUCUCUCCCAGGACAAUCUUUUCUUUUCUUUUUAAAAUCAGAAGUCCGCUAUCCCAUACCUUAAAAAACAGACUCCUGCCUCACGCCCCCACUGCAACAGAAGAAAACCUGUUCUGUGCUGGUUUAUUUUCUGGAUUUGUUUUCUUUUAAAGUCUGGCGUAAGACUUUGAUACAGUGCACAGCUUGAAAUUGGUUGGGAGCUUAGCAGGUAUAACUCACCAGGGACUUACUGUCACUUGUACAAUGUGUACUUAUCCUUAGGAGUUUGAAGACUUGCCUUUGGCAUGUGAUGUCAGGUAUGACAGACAAAAAAAAAAGAAAAAGAAAAACCAAGGUGUAUUAUUGGUAGCCCAGGGAGGUCACUAAAAUCUGAAGCUCUAAGGGAAGAUCAGAGAUGGAUUACUUAAGGUUUGUUUUGCUCUUGACCAGUGCAAGUGUUGCAGAUGCUGGCUUAGGAAGGCUGCCAAAGGAGAGAGCACGACAGAGUCUGUUGGGCCCUGAGGUGGAUCUUGGUUCACCUGACCAAAGGCCACCUGCUUCUCUCGGUAUUGUUUUGAGCUGGCACCCUAGGAUGAGGCUGGAGAUGGUGUUAAGGGGGCAGCUCUGGGUGCAUCGGAAAGCAAAUAACAGGAAGGUGGCAGGCCAGGGGCAGAUCUCACCACUGUGAGUGAGCUUGUCCAGAUUUUAAUAAAGUCGUUUCCCUUAGAAAAACACUUGAGAGAAGACAUCGUAGCUAAGUAAUGUGAACUGUUGUUAGCCAGCCUACUGCUUUGUUUUCCUUACUUUAAUUGAAAACCAAGCUUGCAAGAAUUGCCACAUUCUUAUGCAUAGCUCUAAUUUUAAAUCCAAAUCUAGACUCUGUAUUUAAUUUCUGCUUUUUUUAACAUCAUGCUUUUUAAAUUUAUUUAUUGAUGCAUGUCAGAUCGGCCAUUAUGAUUUUAAGUGGUAGUAAUAUUAAAAACCACACAUCAAAAUAAUAAAGUCACUUGUAUCUGCUGACUUUAUAGGAAAACUGAUUAUAUUAAUGUGUAUAUAUGUGUUAUAUAUACAUAUAUUCAAUACUGCCUUUUCUUUUUGUCUACAGUAUCAAAAUUGACUGACUGAAUCAUGAAAAGAAUGUUCCCCCACCAUCACCAUUAAGAGUUUUAUUUUUGUUUUCUUUGUUUAUCAAUGAAUGGUGUAAGAAUCAGUCUCUUGUUUUUUGAAGAAAAAGCAAUAUUCCUUGGAAAGCAAGGUGGAUUGAAGGAUUACGUUUGUGUGAGGAACAGAACUCAUAACUAGUUUGUUGAUACUUUUAAGGUUGGUGUCUUUGUGGGCCUUAUAUACUCUAAAAUGAACCUUGGUGCUUAUGGGCCAUUACUUGACCUAUGAAUCUUUAAGGCACAAUCAGUUAUCUUUUACAUUUAAAGAUCACUUGAGUAAUGGCCACCACUCCUUCCUUCCUUCCCACUCCCUCCCCACACAUCUGCUAAGGUUAGCUGAUGACUAGGGCUGUAGAGCCCUUGGUUAUGUAUGAAACACAGACUCCUUUACCCUCAUUACCUAACCUUAAGUCAUGUUGAGGUCUUGCUCUCCAGGUGGUUAGGAAGAGGAGUCUCUUGGCGGCCCUUAUACAGGCCCCAGCACCCUGCCUUGCCUCUCCAACCGUGUGUGUAACUCUCCAAGAGAGUUCUAUUGUCUGCCGAAAUGAGUUGAUGCUAGAAAGACAUCAGUGAGGCUGUGCGGCUGGCUGAUCUCUUAGGCCACCGAAGGGGUUUCUCAGACCUCCGUUUAGAUCAGACUUGACAAGAAAGGAAGCAUGCCCAAAGCAAACAAAGGCACUUUUUGUAAAGUGCUUCUGAGAUAAUUGCCGUUUGAAAGACUUCUGAAAUUAAGUUAUUUGAAGGGGGUGGCUUGGAAGACCAUUUUCAGAAAGAAUUUGUAAAGAAUCUGAGCAAGCAGGUCUGUGGCCUAAGAAGGGAACCUGCUUUCAGAUUAAACUGCCCAGCCCGACACAGACAGUACUCCAGACUUGGUGUGCGUGCUAGAGUCCAUAAAAGUCAGUGCUUGUUAGCGAAUACUCCCCACCCCCAGAUACGGGGUAAGAGAAGAGUGGAGGAAAGUCAGGUGCUUUUCUCUGUGUGUGUGUGUGUGUGUGUGCGUGCGCGUGAGUGCGUGCGUGUGAGUGUGUGUGCGUGUGUGAGUGAGUGUGCGUGUUCGUGUGUGUGGGCAUGCAUGCGUAUAUGAGGGCUUAGGUGCACGAUUUUUCUUUCUCAAGGAUCAUGGCAGGAUCCCAGAACUCUUAUCCAAGUGAGAUCCAGGUCUCUGAAUAUCUUGUAAAUAAUAAUUAAAAGCUCCUCACCAAAUUCAAGCUUGUAUAUUAUAUUUUCUUUCAAUGUUUUUAAAUUUAAGUUUUAUUGUUUUGUAUGUAAAUAUGUGGACCCAGGAACUGUUAUUAAUGAGCAAAAAGUUACUGUUCAGGGCAGUGAUUCUGUUCAAUAACCAGACAAAAAUGUAGACGAGCUUUUUAAAGCCAUAUAGUUUUAACUCUGUACAGUAGGUACCGGCCUGUAUUAUUGUAACAAUAACUCUAGCAAUGUAUAGUGUAUCUAUAUAGUUUGGAGUGCCUUCGCUUCCAUGUUUUUGGGUUUUUUUGUUUUGUUUUUGUUUUCUGACUUCCUUUAUCCAUGUGUCCCUGUGGCCCCCUUUCCCUCUGAAGUAACAGCAGAACAGCACCUUUGCCCACUCCACAGUUUGAAUGGGGAGAGGAAACCAUGUUGGCAAUCUCACUUCAUUCUAGCUUUGCCUUUGUUUUUGGUUCUGGGUGUGUCUGUGUCCUCAGUAACAGUGACCGGUUUCAUUGCGGAUGCACUCAGUCAAUCCGGGACUUGGUGGAGCGCUGGGGGCCCCAGAGCUGGAGGAUGUCAGAUGGCUUGGGUUUAUUCAUCGCCUCUCCAAGCCCUGGAGUGGAUCCUAAGCAGAUUCUGGGAGCUUCCGAGCUUGCUCUCUCCUUUCCUACUUCCCUCCCAAAUGAGAGAAAGAUUGGGUUUGUUUUAUUUGUUUAAAAAAGUAAAUCACUGUCUUGGUGGCAUUUGGGUGCCCCCGUGACAUUGUUAGCAGUUAUUGCAGGGGUGCUGUGCAGAUGAGGGCUGCGAGUGGACUCUGAGCCCACUCCUCCCUCCUACCAUCUUGCUAGAUGAAAUAUCAUUUUAAUUUCUUUUUUAAAAAAUCAGUUUCUUAACUGUGCCUAAUAUGGCCCAUUUGAAAGAAAAAAAAGUAUUCGUUUUGCCACCAACUACUUCAUGUGUCUUGAAUAGAAGAAGAAAAACAAAAACAAAAAAUUCACUACCAAACCAAAGGUUGCUAUUUUUGAGACAUCACGAGUUCAUUGCUCACGGCAGAAGGAUGCACCUUCUCUCCCAUGACGUACUGUCAGUUUUUUAAGUCGUUAAUUUUUUUAUUUUAUUUUAGGCCCAUUUCUUAGGCUUGUGUUUUAGCAAAAUAUACCUGCGCGGCCAUCUUGUCCACGCCAAUGCAGAGGUCCUAAGAGGACUCCCUCUAUUCUCUAUCCCUGUGGACGUAAAGACACUGGCAUCUCUGUUACCUUCUCCUCCCUUUGCAAGGGUUUUAACUUUGGAAUAUUCCAGAGAAAGUUUGGCCAAUGCCAGAUCUCCCAGAGUUGGGAUUUUUGUUUUGUUUUGUUUUUUUUUUGUUUUAAAUCAAAUUUGUGUCUGGUUCCUAUUUACACUACUGAUUGUUCUAAUCCCAGAGAUGAAUAUGUUUCUCCCCUGUAUGAGAAGUAAGCACCAUUUAUGGUGAAACCUGUCUCUUGUGGUAGAAAUGGAAGCCGCUGAAAACAGCAGCACAGGAGAGUCCCAGGCAGAGGUCUCCCUUGAGAGUCUUCGGAAGCAAUCAUUGGGGUCUGGGUCAGUUUCACAGGGUUAUGCCAUUUUAUUCAAGUCCGUUGCUCCGUUGUGCAGUCUCCACCAUACAAGCAAAAAUGACAGCCAGUACAUAAGGGGUUAGCUUGACAAAGUAGACUUCCUUGUGUUCAUUUUUAAGGUUUUUUUUUUUCUUAACUAUAUCUGUCUACAGGCAGAUACAGAUAGGUAUAUGGAAAUGUGCUUGCCUGUAAAAUUUGCAUUUAUAAAUGUGUUGCGAUGGAUCACUUCGGCCUGUACACAUCCAAUUAGCGUGACCACUUCCAUCUUAAAAACAAAUCUAAACAAAAUUUAUUAUUAUUAUAUAUAUAUAAAGGACUGUGGGUUGUAUACAAACUAUUGCAAACACUUGUGCAAAUCUGUCUUGAUAUAAAGGAAAAGCAAACGCUGUGUAACAUUACUACUUGAAUGCCUUUGUGACUGAAUUUUUUUUUUUUCAUUUUAAAUAUAAACUUUUUUGUGGAAAGUAUGCUCAAUGUUUUUUUUCCCUUUCCCCCAUUCCCUUGUAAAUACAUUUUGUUCUAUGUGACUUGGUUUGGAAAUAGUUAACUGGUACUGUAAUUUGCAUUAAAUAAAAAGUAGGUUAGCCUGGAAAUGAAAUUAAACUUCACCAGUGUGUGGUCUUUAUUUCAGUGCCCAUCCCCCUCUCUUCACCCUUCGCACUCUGCCAUCGCCACAUGCAGUCACACUGCCGUCUCCACUCCUCUGAGAGAAAAGUCAGGACUAUCCUUCUCUGAGGUGACCUUGCUCUGCUGUGUAGACAGGAGGUGCAGCUUCCAGCUUGGAAACCCCCUGGACUUAAUGUAGAGAAAGCUUUGCAGACACUGCUUUGGGAAAAAAAAAAAAAAAA